AUGAAAUCAUCGAUGAGCGUUGAUGAUGUAAAGAACAGGGCAAGAGGUGGGGCGGCCAUACAGAAAAGUUCCGUGGAAGUGUCGUUGCAUCCACUCGUUGUUAUGAACAUUUCUGAGCACUGGACGAGAAUAUGGGCACAAAGUUCGGACGGCAAACCGAAUCAGGUAUUCGGUGUGGUAUUAGGACGGCAAACAGGACGUCAUGUAGAACUGAUAAACAGUUUCGAAGUGAAAUGCAGUAUGAAUGACUCGAAUAACGCUGUUGUUGAUGAGGAAUUCUUUGGGAAACGAGAAGCACAGUAUCGUGAGGUAUUUCCGGAUCUUGAUUUUUUGGGUUGGUAUACAACAGGCAGUGAAUUGCCAACAGAAGAUGAUCUGAAUGUACACAAACAAUUUUGUCAUCUUCAUGAAUCACCAAUUAUGAUUAAACUGAAUCCAACAGCUGCUACAAGUACUGAAAAGGUUUAUCGCAUUGAGUUUGAUUUAUUUGUUUAA